AUGAACGAAACAAAAAACUCAAUCAUAAUCAAAAGUUUAUAUUACUAUGAAAAAAUCCUUGGCCUUUGUCCAUUUAUUAUUGACAAAAAAACUGUAAAAAUAUCAUUUCUAGGAAUAAUCUAUAACAUAAUAUUAUCUUGCCUGUACACUAUCUGUUUUAUAGUGAUAAUUGAUUGCCGUUUUGAACUUCGCUUACCAAGAGAAACAACUUUAACGAUUACAAUGGAUGCAUUAGGCUUACUAUUUCAAUAUUGUACAGUAGUAUGUUCUUGGUUAACCGUUAUAUUUCGCAGCGAUAAACUAAAAAUAAUAUUUUCUAAAUUUGAAAAAACAGAAGAAUUAGCCAGAACUUUAAAUAUAAAUAUUUAUCAAAACAAGUUUAAAAAACUACGAAAUAUUACUAUUCGUUUAGCGGUUAUCAAUGCAUUAUAUUUAGCUAUAUUUUUAACUGAUCACUACACUUUGUCUUUGUAUAAAAAAUUUCAAGAACAAGCAAGUGCCUGGGUUUGGUAUAAUGUGCCAAAAAUUGUGUUAUAUAACGUUGGUGCUAUUUUUUUAGAGUUGAUGCUUUUAAUAGAAGAAAAUUUCAGAGCUCUGAACAAGUUACUCGUACGCUCUUUUUCUUCAAAAUCUGAAGAAUUUUUAUUCCAAAAUAUCUCAAGUACCUCAAAUGUGUUUAAAAAACUUCAUAAGAUUGGACAGUUUCAUGAAAGCCUAUCAGACCUUCUAGAAAACGUUACUAGCUUUUUUAGUCUUGCAAUUUUGUUUUCGAUAAUUGCUACUUUUAUUCACUCUUUUUUAGACAUAUAUGCAGUAUACCAAUAUUUGACUUAUAAAAGAACGUGGGAAGUCGGCGAUUUUAGUAUAUACUCACUUAAUUUAAUUUGGUUGAUGACAAAAUUUUUGACUUUGUAUUUCAUAUGUGGAGUUCCGGAAUCUGUUUGUAUAGAAGCUAAGAAAAUCAUUUUAACUUUUGAUUUACUAAUAAAUAAUCAUUGUCAGAUAAGAGAGUCCAAAUAUGCGAUGCAGAAAUUAAUAUUACAAUUUUAUCAAAAACAAACUUGUGUUUCUGUUUAUGGUUUAAUUAAUUUGAAUUACUAUUUAUUUCAAAAUGUAAUGGGAACAAUUAUUAUGUUUCUAGUUUUUAUGUUUCAAUUAGAUGAUUUAGUCGAUUGA